UGUUCGGUGAAUGCAAAAAGAGCUUGCUGAUAUUUUAUCUCCCUCGUAAAUUCUGGACAUAGGCCGAUUGACAACAAAAAGCACUAACUGUGCGAUCAUUGUUUUAAAUGUUUGUAGGUAAUUAUAACUUCAAAACUGGGGGCCUGCAAUUGUAAAUUACACCGUGGAGGUAAAAAUAUGAAGAGGAGAAAUGCCGAUACUGGCAAAAUGCGGCGCCCCUUAAAGCGCACAAAAAUCACCGAGGGAAUGUAUGGAAAUUCCCUGCUGUACCUGAGGUUUGUAAUGGUAUGGGCUACAGUGGUGAUGGCCGACUACAUGCUGGAGUUCAGGUUCGAGUUCCUCUGGCCCUUCUGGAUGAUGCUCCGAUCCGUCUAUGACUCAUUUAAAUAUCAGGGACUUGCAUUCUCAGUAUUCUUCAUGUGUAUAGCUCUCACUUCAGAUAUGAUAUGUUAUUUCUUCAUACCAGUGCAGUACAUAUUCUUUGCGGCCAGUACCUAUGUAUGGGUACAAUAUGUUUGGGUCACAUUGGGUGAGAAGGGCAUCUGCGUACCGACGGUGGCGAUCUGCUGCGCCGUGGUGUACGUGGAGGGGGCGCUGCGGGCAGCGCGCGAGCUGGAGCUGUGUCGGCCGCUGGCGGCGCACUGCGUCGGCUACCCGGCGGUCUCGCUGGGCUUUGGGGUGAAAGCGUACGUGGGCCGCCGCCUGCGCAUGCGCACGCAGCGCCAGGUGCGCGCGCAGAAUGAAUUCUACUUCCAGCUGUUGAGGGACGCGCUGCCCGAAAGCGCGCUGGAGAUCCAGCAGCCGUGUAAGGAGGAGCGCAGCGUGGGCAACGGCACGGUGGAGUGCGGGGAGACGCGCCCGCUCAAUGGCUCGCUGCGGCGGCGCUGCGCGCGCGACCACGGCCUCGGCCCGCCCCCGGCCCCGCCCACACACACGCACCACGCCUCCGAACACGCACAUCUACAGUUUAAGUUAGACAAAUUAGAGAAGCAUUUAGCGCAACAAUCAGCGACGCGGGAGCGCGAGAAGUCACAAUCUAGUACGAGCACGCACACGCCGCUGCACGCGCACGCGCACACACACGCGCAUACGGGCGCCGGCGCGCUCGCGAGCACGUUCGCGCACGCGCUCAGCAAUGGUUCGGCGAGUGGGGCAGGAUUACACACACCUGCCCCCGCCCCAGCCCCCGCAGCCACGCCCCCCGCUGCCGCGCCCCCGCCCCCGCCGCCUGCGCCCACACACACACACUCCGCGCACGACGAGGAGCGACACGAACAUAGUAAAGGUAGUGCCAAGUCAUCAAAGUGUGAGAAGAAAGAGGCUAGUACGUUAAGAGAAGAGAGGAGAAAACAUAGAAAUAGAGAUAAAGACAAGGAGAAGGAGAACAGUGAUAGUCAUAAGAGUACAGAACAGACAAAAGAACAAAUAGUUAAGGAUGUAGAAAGUACAAAAGAAAGUGUAAAAAGUAAUAAAGAUAGCAGUUAUAAGGAAAAAGAAAGAGAGAAAGAAAGAGAAAGAGAGAAGGAAAGAGAAAGAGAGAGGGAAAAAGAAAGAGACAAGGAAAAAGAGAGAGAGAAGGAGAAAGAGAGGGAGAAGGAGCGGGAGCGGGAGUAUAGAGAAAAAGAGAAGGAGCGCGAAAAAGAAAGAGAACGAGAACAGCGGUCAGCUCGCGAGUGCGGGGAGGAGCUGCGGCGAGCGCGCGCGGAGCUGGCGCUGGCGCGCUCGGGCGAAGCGGAGGCGCGACGUGCGCUCGCCGCCUCCGCCGCCGCCGAGCGCCAGCGCCGCGCCGAGCACGCGCAGCUGCGCCAGGCGCAUCUCGCGCUGCAGCACAAGAUGACGACAUGGCGCGGCGGCGAGCGUGUGGCGCUGGAGCGGCGGCUGUCGGAAGAGCGCCGCGCGCGUGCAGCUGCUGAGCAACAAUUACUGCGAGCGCGGCAAGCGGCGCGCACGCCCAGCGGCGAGUGCGAGAGCGAGUGGUGCAAGUCGCUGCGCAGCGCGGGCGAGGCGGAGGCGGCGGCGCUGCGGCAAGAGCUGCAGCAGGCGCGGGCGCAGCUCGCACAGCUGCAGCGGGACCUGCAGCAGGCUGCAGACCAGGUGCGCGUGCUGGAGGCGCGGCACGAGGAGGGCGGGUCGCCGACACUGCGGCUGGGGGGGGGGUGGGCGGCGCUGCAGGAGCGCGCGGCGCACCUCGAGCGCUCGCUGUCCGCGGAGACGCGCGUCAAGCUGGACCUGCUCUCCGCGCUCGGCGACGCCAAGAGACAGCUGCAUAUACGUGAAGACAUAGUGUCGAGACAAGAGAAGGAGCUAGAAGAACUAAAGGCUCAGAUGUUAGCGGUGAUGCCGGCGGAGUACAUGACGCCCGCCGGCGGCAAGUCCAAGCUGCGGCUCUCCGACGGGUCCCCGCUCGACCCCAACGCCUCCGUCUACACGCCCAAGCAACUUGUCGACGCCUGAACCACGCCCCGCCCCGUCUCCGGCCACGCCCCCGGCCCCGCCCACAACCACACGAACGAUACGCAAUAUCGAUGUUUGUAAAGACAGUCUUUUGAUCUCAAUUUUAUCUACGAACAGUGUACAUCGACGUCAGUACAAGCAUCGGUAUUGGCGACCCGAGGCGACUAUAUCAGAGUGUUUAUUUUUUCAUCGAUGAAACAUUUGGAUUAACUUUGUGAUACUUUAACUCGGAAAUGGUUUGUUGCUUGAUGAAAUUAAAAAAAUAUAUAAUACGCACACAUUUGUUUUGAAACAGAAAAUUAACUAAUAUAUUCUAGUUUCAUGUUUUAGAUAUAAUGAGGGUAACUAAUUUGUGUUCCAAAUUAUCAGUUUUGAAGCUAUACAAUAGUUUUUUUUUAAAGUAAAGUUUUCACUUCCUUUAAGAGUUUUAACGCCACAGAGCAAUGAGGCUUAGGAAAUAUGUUGAAAUAAAGUCUAGUUGAUCUGUCUACUCUAUAACAAAGGUCGUGAUAGCUUUUAUCAAUGGCUCUUAGGUAAAUUAUCAUAAAUUUUGCAAAGCAGUACUAAUUUUAUGUAACUACGAAUCAAAAAUGACAGGUGUAAUAUUAUUGUCAUUUCCAUAUAUUUAUGAUAAUUAGCUAUAAUCAUAUUUUAUUUGUCUUAAGUCUGUUACUUUCAAAUUCAUACAAAGUUAGUAUUUAUCAAAUUAUUUUUUUUAAAAAAAAAACAAAAGUUGUAAAUCUCAAUAUUCUGACUUACGAUACUCUACGUAGGAGCCAACGAUAUUUUAAACUGAUAUUUUCUUAUGUUGAAUAUAAUUUGAUUAAGCAACAAAUCAGUAGAAUCCUUCCAUCGUUGCAUAUAUUGCUGCUGCGGUCUAGAAAAGCGUGUUCUUUUAAAUUUUAUGUGAUAAAUUGUACAAAAUAUAGAUCUGAGUCUUAUUCUAUUGACUUUAGUCCAAUUGUCGGUUUUAAUGUGAGCGCUAAAUGCGACACGAAUUUCUUGUUGAUUAAAAAUUUGUUAAGAAAAAAUAUUAAAAAAUUUGGACACGUGAUGACAGUUGUCGCACCAUGACAGUUUUUUUUGGUCUUUGACUGAUUAGCAGGCGUCUUGUGCACGCAACUUUAAUACUUCUUAAAUGAUGAAAAACAAUGCAAUUUUCAUAAUAAUAGAUACUGAAAUUGUCCAAAUAAUUAUUAAUUUCCAUUACUAAAAUGUCUUCUAUAGUAAAAGUACAAAAAAAUGUAAUAAAACUUUGGUAAUAGGUAAUUAAAGUUGUGUGCAUUUGUUUUCUUUGAACUGAUAACUUAGCAUAGUUUGUCUUCAUUUGUAAUAAGUUGUAUUCCCAUGUGUUCGCUGUAAAGGCGGUAACACACCGCACUGUGUAUGUUUGGUUGACCUUUCAAUGUAAAAUGUAUGAAAUAUACUUCCAUCCCUCUCACUCUCUUUUGAAAAUAAGAGAAGUCAAUACAUGUAUCACGGAUCUGCAAAUUGUAUUUAACAGACAAAAUUGAUUACUGUUUUAAUUUUGAAUUCAGAAUCAUAAGUGUUGCCAGGUUUUAUUUGCAAGAAAAAUUACAUCAAAUUCAUUUGGAUUUAUUAGUAGUUAGUUUUUAUUUUUGACCAUAUUUCUGUUAUGUAUGGAACAAGUCGUGAUAGUUUUAAGUUUAUAGUUGUACUGAAUUUCGUUUUGUUUUGAUAUAUAAAAAACAAUGACACAACGUUUUUUUAUAUGUUAAUUAAUUUUAUUCAAAUUGUCGGAAACAAUCACAAAUGUCUGUAGUUUUUAAGUUCAAAUUUUUGUCAUAAUGGUGACGAUAUGCAAAUUUUUUGAUUUUCAAAUAGUGUCCUUUGAGUGUGAUUUCAUGAUUAAUAGUUGUUACAGACUGUUGUGGUUGUAAAUCUUCACAUCUUUGCUCUAUCUGUGAUUUUUUUAAUCUAUGCCCACUGAUUGAGGUUUUUAAUGUGUGCCAACAUCACAGAGUAAACGCACAUGGGAUAUAGCAAUAAAGUUGUUGUAUUUUAUUGAGAUUGUAACAUUGUCAACUCUAGUCUUAAACCUUAGGUGCAGGAGGCUGCGUGGUCAUGUUUGUUGUAUCUCACGCACCUUUUGCCGCCUUUUAAUGUUAUUUAUAAUCUAAGUUUUUUUAGACGUUUAGUUUUUUUACAAUCUGAAUUCACUGCCCUUGAAGUCAGACUUCCGUUUUUUUUUUAUUUAAAGACUCUGAACUCUCGAAGUACUUAAUCUAGUUUUUAGAUUUGGAUGCGACCCACUGACUCUUUAUUUUGACGUGGUCGACUGUGUCAACAGCGUAGGCAGCAAUGUAUAUUUUCAUUAACAUGUACCCCAGACUUGAGAUAUGGGAAAAUCUUUGGUACAAUCUAAAUGAUCUGAGUUGUCACUAGUGAAACGUAAGCGAUAAAUGUUUGUUUAUAUUGUAAACGGAUGCUGUAACAGCAAUAAAAAUCAGACUUGCAGUUU